AUGAGCAGUGAGGGCGUGGUUGUGUGUGGGCGCGUGAACGCAUGUAUAUUUAACCCCAUCUUUCUCUCUCUGUGUGUUUCUCAGCGUGUCGGCCUUGGAGAUGAGAAUCACGCCAACUCGGAACGAUCCCCUCUCUUUGUGCAGUUCAUCGACUGUGUGUGGCAGAUGAUGAGACAGUUUCCUUCUGCUUCUGAGUUCAAAGAGCUUUUUCUCAUCCCCAUCCUGGAUCGCCCCUACAGCUGCCUGUUUGGUACAUUCCUCUACAGCAGUGAGCAGGAGAGAAUGGAAAAGGAAGUACAGGGUAAAACGGUCACUGUGGUCCUACGUUAACAGUCAGCCGGAGGACUUCACUAACCCGUUCUAUGUGGACUGUAAAAACCAGGUGCUGUAUCCACUGGCCAGUCUCACACAUCUGGAGCUCUGGGUGGGUUAUUAUGUGCGCUGGAACCCACGCAUGAGACCUCAG